AUGAGUUGCAGCGGUUGUCGUGUUCUGCGAAAACGAUGCAGCGACGAGUGCAUGCUCCGGCAUUGCUUUCAGGGGAUCCAAGGCCCUCAAGCCCAAGCCCACGCCACCGUCUUCCUCGCCAAGUUCUUCGGCCGUGCCCGCCUCAUGUCUUUCGUCUCCGCCGUUUCCUCCUCCCAAAGACCCCAUUUGUUUCAGUCGUUGUUGUUUGAAGCGCUGGGACGUACCCUAAACCCAGUGAAUGGAGCAGUGGGGCUUCUCUGGUCCGGGAAUUGGCAUCUCUGCCAGCUGGCGGUGGAGACGGUGCUCCGUGGCGGCCCGUUGACCCCACUACUCCCUCCGGAUUUCUCCAUUUUUGGUGGCUGCAGCGGAGGUUCAGUAGUUCCGGCGGAAGAUGAGAGUUUCGGGUCGGCCAUGAAUAGUUCUACCGAUCAGAGGGAGCACAUGAAAGGUGAAAGGUCAUCAGUGAUGUUAAAGAGAAAGGUAACGAGUGAUUCUAAUAUGGACGACAGGGAGAAUUUUCAAGCACGUGGUCAGAAGAUGCUGGAGAGGGCGAAGAAGCAGCGAGCGGGGACGCCGUCCACGGAGGAGUAUGAAACGACCUCGUUUGGGACUAGUAGCCUACAGGGCAGUGCCGAAAGGAGACUCCUAAGACUAUUCUACUGA